AUGACAUGGGCACGUUUUUAAGAUCAGUAUGGAAUAAAAUUGUAAACAAAGAUCGGUUACAUAAAGCUGCUGCGGAAGGGGAUCUUUCAAAGGUUAAGGAGCUCCUUUCGGACAUUGAAGUUAAUCAAAGGGAUAAAAAUAACAGAACGGCAUUGCAUAUGGCUGCUGCUAAAGGACAUGUAGAAGUUAUCCGUCUUCUUGCAGAAAACAAUGCAAAUCUCAACUUGUGGGAUAAUUCUGGAGAAACGCCUCUUAUGACAGCUGUUACACGGCAGAAACGAGAGUGUGCAUUUUUACUCUUGGAUCUGGGUGCAGACACAGGCAUUGUAAGUCACCAUGAGGACACAGUUUUGCACCAUGCUGCUGCAGCAUCUGAUAUUGCCUUGGCCGCAAGACUGCUUGAGAUAAAAACAAUGGCAAAAAACAUUGAUUUCAAAAAUCGGGAUCUGUAUACUCCUUUACAUCUAGCAGUAGCAUGGAAUCAUAAAGAAAUGGUCGAGUUUCUACUGAAAAUGGGAGCUGAUAUAAACUCUGUCUCUGUUUAUAAAAGGACUCCUUUAAUGUUUGCUGCCAUUUAUGGAUAUCCCAGCAUUGUUAAACUACUUUUGCAGUAUAAUGCAGGGAUAUGUGUGACAGAUGUUGAAGGAAUGACUGCAAAUGAUUUUGCCGUGAUGCUUAAAAAUAAUGAAUGUUCCAAGAUAAUAAUGGAAUAUGCAGACAUAAAGGUCUUCCCAAAAUGCAAUUGUUACCAUUGUUGUGAGCAGUGGGUUCCUGUUAUUGAAAUGAAAAAGCCAGCUAUUUUACGAAAAAUGCUUCGGUUACAGAAGGAAGAGAUGGACAAAUCGGCAGCCAAUAUACUAUCGCCUGAUGAAGAGCAGUUUGGCAAGAGUGUUAGUUCGUUAUUGCCUCCGUGCCUUGGAAAACAAGAUCUGGAAAACCAGGAAGUGAAGGAAGUUGAAGAUUCUGGAUUGACCCAAUCACCAACAAAGCUAACAAAAAAAGUGAAGGGUGAAGAAAGGUUGAAAACAAAGCUAAAAAAGCAAUCAAAGGAAACCGAAGGAUCCUUCUCCUUAAUGAAGUCACCUGUAAAUAAAAAGAAAAAAGCAAAGGAAGAUAAAAUACCAGCUUACAUUAAAUCACCUUCAGUCUUAAAGAAGCAUAUUGAGAUUACCCCACAGUUGCAUCCAGGCAUCUAUAAAAAAGAAUCCCCAACUCCUUCAGUUGUAAAGAAUGUUAUAAUGGAAGACCAGAAGAAACAUGUGAAGGAAGUAGAAAUACCAGAGUGCUUUCAAAUGCCUCAAUACCAGAAGAGGGAAGAGGAGGAAGUAGAAACACCAGAGUGCUUUCAAAUGCCUCAAUACCAGAAGAGGGAAGAGGAGCUUUCUAGAAACUGUCUAUUGCAUUAUCAGGGCAGAUCACAAGAACCUUCUGCAGAUGAUCUAAUGAAAUCAAAUGAAAAGGGCAAAGAGGAACCCCGCUUGCUUAAUGUUUCUAAGGAAUGCAGCCCUUGUGUUUGCAUCUGUCACUUAAGAAAUGCUUCCAAGAAGUCUGGUAACUCCCAUGUAAACAAGCAGAAGUCAAAAAUGCAAAAAUCUUCAAGCCAGCAAUCAGGUAAUUUACUUCAAAAUGAAGUAAAAAUGGCAUUGAUUAGUGUACUGUCAUCAGAUAAUUGUAGUUCACAUUUCUUAAACAUGAAACAAGUAUGCAGUGGGGAGUUGAAAUGUACUUUCAAGCUGUUGGACAGGUUGGUAUUGCCCACUUUCUUUUGCUUUGGCACACAAUUGUUUUUUUUUUUUUUUACAAGGUAGCGGCCUUUUCCAUGGACACUUAAUUUCAGCUAAAGUGUAAGUACUCAGAAACAGGGGCCCUCUUUGGAAUGCAGCCCCUGGGUCUCAUCUGAUAUGACCAAUUGAUUACAUCCAACUGCCAUCCAGUGAUGUCUCUGCAUCAUUUAAACUCUUUGUCAGUAAACAGAGACUCAACUCAACCAAUGAACAAAAAUUACAUCAACUGUCAACCAAAACAGUUGCGCUUAUGUGCACCUAAGAAACUAACAGAAAAAUGUGCACUCGUAGUCCAUUGCAAGCAAUAGCUGUUUGCAGGCUCCCUGGCCUUAACUUAUAUUCUGCAGCAGGACCUAUGGCUGCAACAAAAGCUGGAGCAACUCCUUUUAUUCUAAAAGGUAAAUUUGCUGGAGUUGAUAUUCACCCAUCAUAGAUUUAGACAUGUGUGCAAUGAUUCCAAAUAGACUUCCAAAGAGACCCAAGUAAAGCAAGGUGUUCAUUUUGCUGAAGAAGGGAGUGGAUUAAUCACUGAUUGCCCACUAUUUGCAUGUUUUAUGAUAGCAAACGUGGACCAUCCUGUGUAAAAACUUCAACACAAACUACAAUAAUACCUGAAACCACAAGGUGUGAUUAGAGCAAAGAAGGAGAACAGCAUCUCAACAAAGAAAGAAACAGCACACUAAACAUCCUUUUGCAUGUAUUGGGGAAAGCUGCAUCUAAAGUAAUCACGACAAAGUGUCAGUUAUACCUGAAAUCAACAAGAACUGAACCAAAACAUAAGUACUGUUUGAUAUUGUCCUUUAUCUGUAUGUACUGCACUUGCCUAUACCUAUCUUCUCCUUAAGUUGUAAAUAAACUAUUUACUGUAUUGCAGUGUCUUGGUAACUGUAAGAAAAUUGUACAGUUUGAAAAAUGUAUAAUGCUGAGUUAGUUCUGGAAGAAUCUACCUACUGUAUAUAAAUUGACAAAAGUAUGCUGGGCCCCAAAUUGUGUAAUGGGUACAACCUAGCAUCCACCUCUGUGCCUUGCUGCUAUGUGAUAUGCUGGGAAACAGUCACCAAAGCACACAGCACUCUGAUGGUUGGUGAUUGUGGUUAUCAACCAGUCACAACACUUGGUACUCCCAGUACUCAGUCUUCCAGAAACAGUUUGCACUGUUAGCACUAGACACCCUCAACUCUAAAAUGGAUACAUGAUCAUAAAUUACAAAAUGAAUGGAUGGAGUUUCACAGAAUGGACAUAAAGAGUGAUGACUCCUGCCAAGCUGGUGAUCUUUGCAUCUUUUGCAAUGGGACACCAAUAUUUACUGAAGUCCAUCCUGGCUCAACUUAGGCACUGCACAAGCAUUCAAUGCAAGUAUUGUACCCAGGCAGUUUAAAGUUAGUGCAAAUCAUAGCCCAGAAUAAAUUGCUAUAAAAGUGUUUUACAAUAGUUGCUUUUAUCCUGAAACAAUGCCAAUGUCAAAUAUUCUUUGGUAGAACAACUUAAAGAAAUGAAGAGAUGAUUCAGUGGGAUGCAAAAGUUUGGGCAACCUUGUUAAUGGUCAUU